GCGGAUUCUCAUUCCCCCUCAUUGAUUUCCCCAUUCCUCAUUUCCAGGUGACCCCAUGGAACCCUCCCAGCGCUCCCCCAGUUCUGGUGAUGGCGUUGGGACUGAGACCCCCCCCAAAGCCUCCCCAGCGCCCCCCCGGUGUGAGCGGGGCCGUAAGAGGAGGGCAGGGGGGGACCCGGAGUCACCCCUGGUGCUGCGUGGUGUGAAGCGGCCAAAGGAUGGGGAUGGGGGUCCCCGGCACAACACCACCCCCCCCAGCGAUGGCGACCGCCUUUUUGCCCAAAAAUGCCGGGAGCUGCGGGGUUUCAUCCGCCCUCUGACGGAGCUGCUCAAUGGGCUGCGCAUGGGGAGAUAUGACAAAGGGCUCAGCAGCUUCCAGCAGAGCGUGGCCAUGGACAGAAUCCAGCGGAUUAUCGGCGUCCUGCAAAAACCUGAAAUGGGCGCACGCUACCUGGGGACCCUGCUGCAGGUGGAGGUGAUGCUCAAAGUCUGGUUCCCCCACGUCGCCCCUAAAGCCGGCCCUGAACCCGACCCUGUCGGGGUCCUCCUGCUGCUCCGCGACCGCCGCAGCGCACACGGGGACGGCACCACGUCGGGGACAUCAGGGGGGACAUCAGAGACGACACCAACAGGGACAACACACCCCAAGUGCCCCCUCCCCACCCGGACUGGGGUCCCCACACCCCCCGCAGCACCCGACGUGUGACUGUCCCCAUCAUGGGAUUCUCUUCUUCUUCGUUUUGGUUUUUGGGUUUAUUUUUUGGCCUUUUUUUUUUUGUUGUUUGUUUGUUUGUUUUUCCUGGUUUAUUUUUUAA